CCGAAAAGCAUAGUGGUUUGAAACGGGAAUGCAAUCCCUCAAUGAAAAAAAAACUUCCAAAUUAGACACUGCGGUUACGGAUGACACUAUUCGGAAGGUUAUGGAAAGUGUCAUAUUAGAAACAAUGGGUAAAAGUUGUAAUAUAACCAAACGAAAGCCCAUUGUAGCCAUUGGCACUACUCACAGUAUAGAGUUGAAUGAUAAGCCACUUCAACUUACAUGUAAUAAUGAUAACAGUGUCCAUAACUGUCAAACGCCAAACGUGUCUACAGAAGAUGUUUCAUUAGCCUUAGAAUUAACAUCUCUAGAAGAGCAUACUUUAGAAUCCAGCGUAGUAAUAUCUUCAAAAACGAUAACAAGCAAGUUCAAGCAAAAACUAAAUUCAUCAUUGCAUCAUAAUCCAAGAGAAUCUGAACCGCAAAUUUCAUCUGGUGAGAAGGAUAAAGAUCACAAUUCAAAAGAGCUAAACCACCUGAUAAACGAAUCGUAUUAUACAGCUGAUGCUCUCCACGAUUCAAACAUCAAAUCACUCACUGUAAAUAAUAAUAAUAACAAUAAUAACACCAAUAACAAUAAUGAUAGCAAAGGUAAUAAACUAGCUUCAAAAACACUGAAAGUAAAUAAGAGUAAGAGAAAACCAAAAACUACAAAAAAAGAGAGCAUCAGUAAAAUUUCUUCGAUGUCAGCUGGAAAACAACGCAAAGCCACUCAAAAAAAAAUGAAAAACAUUGCUUACGACCCGGAUAGUGACUAUGAGCAGAGCAUCAAGUGUAAAAAGGUAAAAAGUAAAUUAUUGGAAAAUGAUAUUGAAGCUAACUUGAAAAUAGAACAGCUUCAAUCAACGUUGUUGAAUUCUGAUGAUAAUGGCAUUUUGUUAACGACGUCUCGCCGUAAGCGAAAUGCUGGAGAUAUGUUGUACUAUUGGUCAUCUAGCAGCGACGAAGAGUUACAUGUAGAAGGAAAAAAUCUUGUUGGUGGAGCGAAAGAAUAUGACGACAUUAAAAAAAAAUAUGGUCGUCGCCGCCAUUGUAAAUCUGUGACCAUUAAUUCUUCGUUAGGGAACAAACGUGGUCGUAAAAGAAACAAUGUGAAAGCCCAAAAUCAAUAUCGAAUGUAGGUAAUGCCAGUGAUGAUGCUACUAGCGCCCAAAAUGAUGAAACUGUAUUGAAAAAAAUGCAGGUAAGCUCGCCAAGCAAAGAAAUGCGUUCUUUGGCCACUGUUGAAAGAUCAAAGCCAUUAACAUUAAUGUCAGCAAGCAAGACAGGCUGCAAAAAGCAGCUACUGACAAAAGUUGAAAAUGACAACUCAUUGUUAGUACAGAAAAUUCCUAUGCAAAUAGUAGAAGAAACAUCUACUACCAGCAACGAACAAUUGCAGCAGCAUGGUUGGAUAAUGGGCGAUUCACAUAAGAAGCUCGUAACGAUGUUGGCACAUGCUAAAGGAAAACAUGAUAGUCGAAAAUUCACGAACAAUCGUAAAAAGUAAAAGAAAAAAAAUUGAUAGCUAAUUAGAGAAGUAUAGUAUAGUAAGUAUGUCCUCAUAUGUUCAGUUACGUAUUAUACACUGCAAUUUGACUCACGGUAAAGUAGACAUAAUGUGUGAUAGUAACAAUGUUUUGAUGUUUAUCAACAUGUCAAUGACUGUCUAAAUCAAAAUAUAAAAGAUGCAUUAAUUAUCAGAAGUUAUUAUAAAGCCAAGAAUAUGUUACAGUAGCAUGCAAAAAUAUACGUUGAAGAACGAUUUUAAUAGUUUCUUCUCCUCACCAAUAUCGGAUUACUCACGGAUUACAUAACCGAGACGUGAUAUAUGACUAUGAUUUCGAAUGAUAGUAAAUGGUAUCAUGAAAAAGCAAAAUGUAUUAUGUAUACUAAAAUGAACUAUUAAUUUUACUUCGAAUAAAGCAACACUGUAUAUUCUUAGGUAUUAAGUCCUACUUAAUCGACCAUAAGCCGCUCAUAAUAAUUUCCGCGAUAACAAAAUUUAUGUUUGCUAGUUUUGAAAAAAUCACAACAAAGAUAAAAAAUGGUAGAUGCGAAAGAAAUAGAAAUUACAGCAUAACAGAAUCAAUAUUCUGUUUGCAAUCGCAAUCAACAAAGCAUGCGUGUAAAAUUGAGAAGUACACACAAAAGAUUUAUAAAGUAUUUUGUUUUAAAUAAAAUGAACAAUACUGCAAUAUUUCCUUCAUUUCCGUUAAGGUAUACACGAUAUGGUGAAGCAUUUCAAAAAUAUUGCAUACCAUUCGAGUAAUAACACAGUAUAUUCCAAAUGUAUCGAAUGUGACAUGUGUAGCAUUGUACAGUACUUUUUAAAGAUAAUACAAUCUAAACGUAACACACAACAAAAUAUGCAAUAAUCAUAAACUCCAUCAUGUAUAUUAAAUCUGUACUCAUGCCCGUUGUAUGAGCUUUGGCUAGGAAAAUUAAUGCGCAAAACAGAUACGUAUUUAUUAGUUUAAGUAAAUGAAACAGGAAUCUUCUAAAAUUUUGUAAGACGUGGAUUUGAUUUUGAGCCUGGAAAAAAUGUAUCUACUUAUUCUUGUUUGAUGAUUUAUUCAUUUUAUUAUAUUGCAUUGCAUUUGUUGUAGCUAAUUCUUCAAGCAGGCGAAUGAUGUUAUGAUUCAUUUUUAUUUGUUUGAUACAUAUUAUGGAUUACAAUUAAUGGCAAAAAAUGACUUUCACACGAAAUAUAUACGUUUGGUUAUACCGUGUUCAAUGUACAUCGGAUAUGAAGCAUUUGGUUUGAUUCUUCUAGUUUGUAAUCACAGUAGUGUGAGGAUUUAAUGUUGAACCGAAACUAAUAAACAAACACAAACAUUUUAUGUAAAGAUAACAUCGUAUAAAAUAUUUCACUAAUGUAGCACUUGCAAAAAAUCACUAUGUAUAGUUGACCAUUAGUAUACUUGUAGAAAAAUUUAUGUAUCUUAAAUAAUGUUAUAUGCAAUGACGAAUGAUCUCAAUGAAGGCAAGUAAUAUGGACUAAUCAGACGCAAGAGAUAUGUGACGUAUAACUGUAACAUUUUAAACCAUUUGUGUGGCAAACAUGGGCAGCAUUUGCGUAUAACUAAUCUUACAAGUAGUAAGUCACGUGCUUUAGGUGGAGGUACACUAAAAGGCAUAAAUCAAUAUUUUAUGUAUAAAAUAAUGUUAUAAAAUCAAUAAACAUUAGUAAAUCGGAAUCUGUAGUUUCAACCAAGAAAUAAGAGUAUAAAUAUUUUUUACAAAACAUCAAUAUAUGAAAUAGAAACAAUGAAACAUACAAAGGAUAGAUGAAUUGUGAAUCUGUGUCUAAUUAACAUUAAAUUGUCUUUGUAGAACAAAAACGAACAGCAUAGUAAUUGCAAAAUGCAAAAAUCCUCUCAGAACUAUAUUUUACGACUGCCAUAGAAGUUUAGUUCAUAUGGCGUUAUUCUAUAAGUACAAGUGAAGAUUAGGAUGAUGCUGGAUAAGGGCAGAGUCUUCACGACUAAACAGAAGCUACAAUUAGUGCUUACAAUUAUGCUUCUAUUGUUUAAUGUACACAAUCAUACAUAAAUAAGUGACAUCCUCAUCAUAUAAUCGCAUGGAUAUUAUUCUUAUCCCAAUUGAAUAGUAAACGAUGCCUCUAUGCUAAGUAUUAUGUUAUGUGUUAA